AGGCAUUCUUGAUUUGGCAAGAAAUACGAAAUGACACAAAAAUUGGUCAGAUACGGAAACGGGUCACUGUAGCAGCGUCCUAUGCCGGCUUCAAUCUCCAAACCAGCCAGCGUCCCUCAAAUUGCCCGAUUUCUUUGCCGGAGGGGGAUAUUGCGAAACGCACAAACUAACGACAAAUGUCAAAGAAGAAAGUUUGCUGCAGUUGGCGGCGAUUCCUAUUAUGUCUGCCUCUUGUGUUCUUAAUGCAUCGUCUUGUUUCAGUUUUGCGAUUCCAGAAACAUCAACCGAAGUUUGGAGAAGAAAUGUAUAGUGCUCAGGGGCCGAAUAAGUUGAAGAACAAGAAAUUUGAUCAUCUAAUUCUUGGACCAGCUGCAGGUCAAGGUUUUCACGACCGCCUGCAUUGCCAAGGUAACAAGGCUCUCAACAUAACACACUUCAAUUCAGGAAAUUCAAAUUUUAGGGACGAUGUGUCCUUGAUUACUGUAUUUGCGACUUAUGACAAUCCUCUUGACAGUCAGAGUAAUGACAAACGGGUUACUGUUGGGAAUGUUUCUUACACUAAGUUGGAAAGGUCACUGGCCAUCUUAAAUGUGUUUAUUAACUUCAUUCAGGUGUCAAUGCCUCAAAGUAGCAUAGUCAUUCUUACUGAUCCAUUAUCUGAACUUCCAGUAAACAGAAACCGGGUUUUCAUUCAUCCCAUUCAAGGUGAAUAUUCACGAGACAAGUUGAUGCUUCAAAGAAUCAGGUCCUACAUUUUCUUCCUUGAAACAAGAUAUGAGGAGCAGUCUAGGUGGAAGGGGAAAGUUAAUCACUAUAUUUUCACGGACUCAGAUUUAGCAGUUGUCGAUAAUCUAGGACAGAUUUUCCAUGACUACCCUGACUUUGAUCUUGCUCUUACCUUCCGUAACAACAAAGAGCAACCUCUAAAUUCGGGAUUUAUUGCAGUACGUGGCACUCCAGAUGGAAUUUUGAGGUCUAAACUUUUCUUACAGCAAGUCCUUGAAGUCUAUAGUACACGGUAUUUGAAAGCUUCCAGAAUGCUUGGAGAUCAAUUAGCCCUAGCUUGGGUGGUUGUGAAGUCAAACCCUUCAUUUGAUGCCAUACGAUUUACUAGCAGACAGCCAUUUCUAGAUAAAGUUAAUGGGGCGUCAGUUUUAUUUCUACCAUGUGCCUUGUACAAUUGGACCCCACCUGAGGGUGCUGGUCAGUUCCAUGGGAUGCCUCUAGAUGUUAAGGUUAUCCAUUUCAAGGGGUCAAGAAAACGACUUAUGCUCGAGUCAUGGAACUUUUUUAAUUCAUCGUCAUUGACAUCAUCUCAGAAACUGUCUGAUAUGCUAUGCCUCAUAUUAAGAAGCGGGAGAACGAAAUAUGAUUUCUAAGUUUGUUUUUUCUUUUUCCUGUGGUUUUUGGUCAGAGUCAAAUGGCAAGUGUGUACGGCAUAUAUAUGUAAAUUCCUGUCUUGUUUGUCCCUUGUUUGGAAAGCCAGCAAAUGCAGCUAGUUUUUACUGGAUUCCUCAGGGAUGAACAUACUUGAGUUGGACUGAAAAAGAAGCCAUCUUUUGCCUCUUCAUAUGAUUAGUCUUUGUUAGUGCCCAACGAUAUAUGUUUCCUUAUCAUAUGAUUUCUAUUGACAAACAGAAAACAAGACUUUUUGGUAACCUGUUUAAUUGGGUUGGGUAUGGACGUAUGGUUCAG